AUGGUUGGCAUUACUCCGCCAUACCUCUUCUCGCCCGUCAACCAGCAAGACAGGGACCCGUCCUACGACUUUGACCCAAAGGCCGUUACUCGUGCCAGCUACUACUCGAUCGCCUCUUCAACGUCGACACCAAAGCCCAAACAGGAGGGUCCACUGAUCGACUUCAACAGACACCCCGAUAGCUACAUCAUCGUGCCUUCUGCUCGUCCCAAUGUCCCGCCGGUGCACCCAAACACAAAGCAGAGGGUCAACGUGGCCCGGUGGUGCCAGUUUUCUCUCCGCUUGCUUCAGCUUAUAGCCGGAUUGGGUGCCCUUAUCUGCGUCAUCAUCAUCAGAGGCAUGAACGAUCCUGCCGUGGACGCCGUAGUCUGUGCCUACGCUCUCUACAAUCUUCAGCGCUCGCCAAGGAGACGUCCUGCGAUCUCUUCCGCUAGCUACAAUGCCUUUUCUUUCUUUGUCGACAUCGCUCUGGUACCCUUUUAUGUCUUCAUCGCCUUCUUCACGGCAAACAACUGGACUAUGGCGCCUGGUGAUGAAGGACGUUGGUCCACUUUCUUCCACUCACCCGACAAGGAUGGCAAGGUGCUGGAGUCUGCCUUCCUGGUUGGCAGCGUAGCAGGUGCUUUGCAUCUGUUCAGCAUCCCCUUCGGCAUUUACCUGUUCUCUACCUUCAAGAAAAUUGCUCAGUACCCACCCGACAUGAACCCUCUAGAGGACAAUCUCACCAGCAGAGUCAACCGCAAGCACACUUACAAGAGUAGCGAUGCCUCGGCAUCAAUGUCCGAGCAAAGAUUGGCCAUGCUGAGUGGCAGCUCUCUGAGUCUUAGCAGCCCUACUCGUAUUUCCAACAGAGACCAGCUCAUUCCUGAGGCCAACGUCCGACCCGUGUCUUUCUAUCAAUCGCGUACCAAUCUGGAUCCCAGCUAUUCAGGCCAUACUCAAGACUCCGCACGUCAAUCCAGAUUCGAAUACCAGCAGCCAUCCUCGGCGCAUGUGUCGCAGACCAGCAUGCAUCGUGCAUCACAAUCUCAUGAGCGUGAACGUUCCCGUUCGCAGUCCUCUCGACCCCAGUCAUUCCAGCGUUACUCAAACCAGAGACCUACCAAUCGCGAUUCUAUCCACGAUCCGAUGCCGACUCGUCCUCUCUCCUUCAUCACCGCUUCCGAGAAUCUAAGUCGUACUGGCACUCCUCAAUCUGGCCACACCGCUCAAAAGGACCAGCCCGCACAAGCUUUGCUGAACGACAACUGGUUCGUCCUUGCAGACGACGACGCCGAUUUGUCGUCUCCUCGCCGUACUCCCGUUCCCGAGCUUGUCUCCGACCGCGACUCCAGUCCUGAGGUCCGUGAGCCCAAUGUCACUCAGCUUCGCUUUGCCAGUGAGGAAUACAAGGAGCUUCUUCCUCAACCUCUUCGCAUGCACCCUCCCACUCCACCAGAGCAUACUUUCGAUGCCGCCGACUUCUACUUUGACGAAAUGCCCAACGGUACCCUUGAGCUUGACGACUACUCUUUGCGUCAGACUCCAUCCAACACGAGUAUUGGUCGCGCUCUGAGCCCUCCGGCACCUGAAGCUAAUGCUGUGUCUACCAAGUCAUCCGUAUACUCUCAGAACCCUGAUGACUCCAGCCGCUCUAGCACUCCCAAGGUAAAGCGCUACGGCAACCUCACUCCUGCCAUUAGCAAGCUCCAGGAGCAGACCGUGCCUAGAGGCCAAGGUCGUGUUGUCAGCAGGACUGGCGUCGAUAUUGCUGACUCAAGCGUGAUGUACCUCUCAUCGGAUGAUUCGUACGGUGCACGCACUCGCAAUGUAAGCGGCAAGAUCGCCGAAGAAGGUCUUGGCGGUGCCUGGGCUAGAAAGAGACAUGUCAGCGGAAAGGCAUGA